AGUCAUUCUCUGCGUCGCCAAAGAACCUGACAUUGGAUCUCUUGGACUGGCGGUCCGAAGUGGUUUUUACGCAAUAUCUCGCGUGUGGAUAAUUAAGUGGACAAAAGAAACCUCGUGAACGAUGGGUCUAACGCCAGAGCAGGUGGAAAUCGUCAAGAGCACGUGGGAGACCGUGGCGAAGGCACCCGAGGAUGCUGGAGAGGCAAUUCUCUUGCGCUUCCUCGAGAAGUACCCGCACAAUCAGACCUACUUCCCCUUCCGCAACGUCCCGCGCGAGAAGCUCAAGGGGAGCGUCAUGUUCAGGAGCCACGCAGGACGUGUAGUAGCCGUAUUCCAGAAAUCAGUUGAUGCCUUCAACACUGCCGAUCCUGUGGCGACUCUUGUGGAAACCUGGACUGAGAUCGCCAAGACGCACUUCAAACGAAACAUUAAGCAAAAAUCGUUCGAUGAGCUCAAAGAGGUGGUACUUGAGAUACUGACAGCAGCUUGCAAACUGGACGGUGUGCAGCAGACUGCCUGGGCUGUGACUUUGGACACAAUCUUCGAGAUAAUCUCAAAGGAGCUCGUGAAUUUGGGUACAUCUUCUCAGUGAGGAGCAGCGCGAAAUCGCAUUUU